CCAAAGCGGGCGGGCUCCUGAGGGGAGCGGAGGCGGUGGGGGGUCGCUCCGUGAGGGCUGAGGGGGGCAGGCCGCGGGAGGGACCCCUCGGGGCUUGAAGGGUCCCCCCGGAUCCUCCUGGGGUUCGGAGGGGAACCCGAAGACUUGGAAGGGGGACCCCAGGUCCUGCAAGUGGGACCCCAAGGCCUUGAGGGGGGCCCCAGGGCCUCAAACGGGGGUGGCAAGGGGUGGAGGGGGGACCUCAAGCCUUGAGCAGGUCCCUCAGGGCUUGGAAGGGGGCCUCCGGGGCUGGGAGGAGGAUCCUCAAUCUGACAAGGGGGACCCCAAGGCCUGGAGUGGGGACUUUCGAACCUUGAGCAGGUCCCUCUAGGCUUGGGGGGGGACUCAGAGGCUUGGAAGGGGGAUCCCGGGACUGGGAGAGGGACCCCAAAUCCUAUAAGUGGGGUCUUAAGGCCUGGAGGGGGCCCCAAGGCCUCUAAUGGUGGUCCCAAAUCUUGAGUGGGUCCCUCAGGGCUUGGAAGGGGGACCCCAAAUCCUAUAAGUGAGGCCUUAAGGCCUGGAGGGGUCCCCAAGGCCUCUAACGGUGGCCCCAAAUCUUGAGCAGGUCCCUCAGGGCUUGAGGGAGUCCUCCUGUGUCUUAGAGGGGGAGCCCGAGGCUUGGAGGAUCUUCCCCCCCUCCCGAGUUCUUGCCCCCAGUAGCAAUAAUUUGUAAGUUUUCUGUCCAUCGUCACUGCCCUGAGCUGAUGCCCCUACAGAAAAAUGAGUGCGGAUGUCAGGGGAAGGGGGGCUGCCCGGGGGAGAGGCUUCCAGGGGUGGCGAGGUGGAUGGAGAGGUGGGUGGAGAGGAGGAUGGCGAGGAGGAUGGCGAGGACGAGGAGGACAAGGAGGACAAAAGGCAGAUUGGAAGAGAAUGCCCCAACCUGUAACAUCUCGACUAGUUCAGUCAACAUUGGACCAAUUUAUUCCAUAUAAGGGCUGGAAACUUUACUUUUCUGAAGCUUAUGCUGACAAGUCUCCUUUCGUCCUGAAGACUCAAGCCUUUGAAAAAUUUUUCAUGCAACGCAUUGACCUUUAUGAUAAGGAUGAAAUAGAAAGAAAAGGAAGUAUCCUUGUGGAUUAUAAGGACAUGAUAGAAGAUAAAGAAUUAACUAAAUCAAUACCAAAUGUAUCUGCUGAGUUACGGGAUAUGCCUCAGAAAACAUUGCAGUGUAUGGGUCUAGCAAUUCACCAGGUGCUAACAAAGGACCUUGAAAGGCAUGCUGCGGAGCUGCAGGUGCAGGAAGGAUUGCCACUUGAUGGAGAAGCUGUAAUAAAUGUGCCUCUCAUUCAUGCCAGGGUGUACAACUACGACCCUCUAACUCAGCUGAAAAACGUCCGGGCCAACUGCUAUGGGAAGUACAUCGCCUUGCGGGGUACUGUUGUGCGCGUCAGCAACAUUAAACCUCUGUGCACAAAGCUCGCCUUCGUCUGUGGCACAUGCGGAGAUGUUCAGAGCGUUCCUCUGCCUGAUGGAAAAUACACGCUUCCAACGAAGUGCCUUGUACCUGAGUGCCGUGGCCGGUCAUUCACACCCGACAGAAGCUCUCCUUUAACCACAACAGUGGACUGGCAGUCUGUGAAGGUACAGGAGCUCAUGUCAGAUGAUCAGCGAGAAGCAGGCCGAAUCCCUCGCACAAUCGAAUGUGAACUGGUUCAAGAUCUGGUGGACAGCUGCGUGCCAGGAGAUGUGGUCACAAUUACAGGGAUAGUUAAGGUGUCGAGCACUGAGGAAGCUUCUAAAAAUAAGAACGACAAGUGUGUGUUCCUGCUGUACAUUGAGGCGAAUUCUGUCAGCAACAGUAAAGGACAAAAAAUAAAGAACUUUGAUGAUGAGACUUUUCAGAGAUCAUUCAUGGAGUUUUCGCUUAAGGACCUCUAUGCUGUUCAAGAAAUCCAAGCUGAGGAAAAUCUCUUCAGGCUCAUUGUGAACUCCCUUUGUCCUGCCAUCUAUGGCCAUGAGAUUGUAAAGGCAGGCUUGGCCCUGGCAUUGUUUGGAGGAUGUCAGAAGUUUGUUGAUGACAAGAACAGAAUCCCGGUUCGAGGAGAUCCACAUGUUCUGGUCGUUGGAGAUCCAGGAUUAGGAAAAAGUCAAAUGUUGCAAGCAGUGUGUAACGUUGCUCCUCGAGGUGUGUAUGUUUGCGGUAAUACUUCCACCAGCUCUGGCCUGACUGUUACACUGUCUAGAGAUGGUGCUUCGGGAGAUUUUGCCUUGGAAGCUGGUGCUUUAGUGCUUGGAGAUCAAGGUAUUUGUGGAAUAGAUGAAUUUGAUAAGAUGGGAAGCCAACACCAGGCUCUGCUGGAAGCCAUGGAACAGCAAAGUAUCAGCCUUGCCAAAGCUGGCAUUGUUUGCAGCUUGCCAGCCAGGACAUCUAUCAUUGCUGCAGCAAACCCUGUUGGAGGGCAUUAUAACAAAGCUAAAACGGUGUCUGAGAACUUAAAAAUGGGGAGUGCUUUGCUGUCAAGAUUUGAUUUGGUUUUCAUUUUGCUGGACACCCCAAAUGAAGAUCAUGAUCACUUGCUGUCCGAGCACGUGAUGGCUAUCCGAGCUGGAAAGCAGGCAGCGUGCAGCAGCGCCGUUGUGAGUCGUGCCAGCCUGCAGGAUCGCUCUGUUCUUGAAGUUGUUUCUGAUCGGCCACUGCUUGAAAGGCUCAAGAUUUCACCAGGAGAAAACUUCGAUGCCAUUCCACAUCAGCUGCUGAGGAAGUACGUCGGAUAUGCUCGGCAGUACGUUCACCCAAAGCUAUCUCCAGAAGCUGCUCAGGUCCUCCAGGAAUUCUACCUUGAGCUUCGGAAGCAGAACCAAGGAGCAGACAGCACGCCGAUCACCACGAGGCAGCUGGAGUCACUGAUUCGACUUACCGAGGCACGAUCAAGGCUGGAAUUAAGGGAGAAAUGUACAAAGGAAGAUGCUGAGGAUGUAAUAGAAAUAAUGAAAUACAGCAUGCUGGGAACCUACUCGGAUGAGUUUGGGAAACUGGACUUUGAACGUUCCCAGCACGGGUCUGGGAUGAGCAAUCGGUCCCAAGCAAAGAGAUUUAUUUCUGCCCUCAACAGCAUUGCGGAAAGAACUUACAACAACCUCUUUGAAUUGCAACAGCUUCGGCAGAUUGCUAAGGAGCUACAGAUACGAGUAUUUGAUUUUGAAAGUUUUAUUCAAUCCCUAAAUGAUCAGGGUUAUCUUUUGAAAAAAGGCUUGAGAGUUUAUCAGCUUCAGACUAUGUGAAGAGACACACAGUGUGUCUCUGAACUUUGAGACACAACUAAAAUAUCUGGAACGGGCUGAUGGACACAGCAAUAAAACAUCCUGAAUUGCAGCCUACCGGAGAAGCUGAUGAACCGUUGCUUACUUCAGGUGCAAGAUUCUUGUUUGGGAACUGGUAACGCCAGCAGGCUUGGCUGAAGCUGUCGUGGGAUGAACUGUGGUGUGAUACUGCUGCCGGACUCACCCUGUAGGUGUAGCUCUGCUAGCCCAGAUGAUCGCAGUAACAAAUGUUGCUUCUAAACUUAGUGAUGUUCUACCCACACGUUUUAAAAAAGCAAUCUUUCAUGAGGAAACAAUGUCAGUUGUGUUUUUAGCACUGUAGGUCAUCUGAGGAAUUUCAUAUGUAGAAAAGUUUCCCAAAAUUUGGGAACCAUCAUGUUGAGCCAGUGCAGCUUUAUAGCAGUAAAAGGUGAUACCUUAUUGAAACUGAUUUGGUUUUUUUCUGAUUUGUAAGUCUGUAUUUAUUGGUCUUCGAGAUUUUAUUUGCAGUGCAAGUCUAAUUUAAAGUCUCCUUACGGUAUUUAAUGUGUAAAACAGGAAUUGAAUUUUUAUUUUUUCAUUAAACUUAUACGUUGAUAAAUUUGUUUAAAUUUAUUGAGUUAUUUAUUCAAGAGCUAUAGUAACAGUGAACAGGGGUGUGGGUAUUAACAGUUAUUUCAUAACGCAUUCAUGUUAUACAUGUUGUAUCUGUUUAACUCUGUUCCUGCCACAGGAGGAUGUCUGUUCCACGAAGUGCUCUGUACAAUUAUAUCACGAUCAUGGUCUACUCCAAUAAAAGGGCAGAUUCUUGAA